AUGCACUUCCUUUCAAUCCUCCUACUAUGCACCUCGUUCAUACUAGCAAUGACUAGUUUGGGCGAUCCCUCUGACAAGUUAAUCAGCACUCCCGCUGUCACCCGCUAUACGGUAGAAGCAACCGAUCACACCAAGACCGCCGAAACCCAAGCGCAGCUAAAAGACCUCUAUGGCGACGACAACGUGGUCAUCAACGAUGGCUACGACGGUGCGUCAUGGACCAUCACAUCAGAAGGCGACGACAUCACCCAAAACAUUGAAGCACUCGACUCGGUUCGUCUGGUACACUGGGGUCAAGAUCGUCGCCGACUAAGCCGCCGGGACGAGGAGGUUCACUACAUUGUCUUCCCCAAGUUGCCUGAUGGGAGCACUGACACCAAUGCUACCGAGGAGUUUUUGCGAUCCAAAAUUCCAUCCGGUUCAGAAAUUUAUCACUUCAGCGAUAACGGGCAGAUCACAGCUUGGUGGGGUUUAAGUCUGGAUGACGACGCAAAGAAGGCGGUCGAAGACCAUGAGGGUGUGGAAAAGGUGAUUGAAGAUCCUGGACUGAAUUACUCGAGAGCUCUCCCGCGUAGUGACGAGAAAGACACCCUCAGGAUCCCUAUAUCAACGGCGAGAUCAAGCGCGCUGGAUGCAAGAUCUGGCAAGUGGGAAAAGCAGGAGGCCGCCGACGACUCUCUGGUAUAUGUCAGCCAAUUUGAAGGCAUGGAUGUAAAAGACAAGCACGACUAUGUUCACAUCCCAGAUCCUGGUGAGGGCAUAUACGUUUACGUCAUCGAUUCGGGUGUCAACAUAGAUGUUGAAAGCGACGACAUGGGCAAAGAAUUCAUAACGGACAACGGAUAUAUCAUCCAAACCUCAGCGAGUCUUUCAGAAGGACUCAAAGCAGGGGACGACGAUGCCCCACCGCAGGUUGACUCCCACGGCACCAAAACGGCGUCUAAAGCCGUUGGUAAGAAGUUUGGCGUGGCGAAAAAGGCUAUUCUGAUACCAGUAAAGAUUCAUAGACGAUCCGACGCUAUGGACUGGUACGAAGGGUUGAAGCUCGUCACAGCCGACAUCAAAAGCAAGGGCCGCGAAUCGAAGAGCGUUGUUCAUACAUCACGAUCUAUGGGCUACGGUUGGGUGGCUUCGGAUGUAUUGAAGAUAUCGGCCGAUGUCCAACUGGACAGACUUUACAACAAGCCGAUAAGGGAUCUGUUCGCUCUUGGGGUGCCGUUAGUCGUAGCUGCCGGGAACGAAGCAGAUCCCGAGCCACCCAAGAAAGGCGCAUUGCUUAUCGACACGUUUCCUGGCAUCCUGAAGACUCCCGACCUUCCCAUUAUCAAUGUCGGCGCUAGCAACAGGGAUCGGGGACGCAUACCUUUCUCGCAGUACGGACCUCUCGUCGACGUGUAUGCACUUGGUUAUAGGAUCAGAGCGAUGACUAAAGUCACGAAAGUGGACGCUACUGUCUCGGGCACAUCUUUCGCUGCACCUCAAGUAGCAGGCGUCAUUGCGACAUACCUGUCACAUGCAGAAACUAGCGAACAAUGGAACGGCUUGACAGGCGUCAAGCGGGUGCAGGAAAUCCAGAAAUAUCUCAUCAGCAACAAGUCGAGCUGGAUAGAGAGCGGGGCCAAGGAUCCGGACGGCUAUGACCUUCGUGUGGUAUGGAACGGUGCGAAAGAAGAAGACCACAAGAGCUCAGGUGCGAAUGGUUACAGCGACUCGGCAGCUCCGGAGCCAGCACCAGCGCAGCCACAGGGCAAAGCACUCACAGUCAUACUCCAAAAGGCUUAUGAGGUCACUUACGGCAUCGAUCACAACCCCGCGAUGGGCCCUCACCCUCUCCCGAAGAUCGAAAAGGACAUCUGGUCCUGGCGCUACUUCGCCACCGACCAAGGCGUAUCCAAGCUGUGCGACCUAGAAGCCCUAUCAGCCGAUGUAUCAUUGGAAAAGGACCCACGAGACUCAAACAAGCCACCGUUUCCCACGGGCACAGUCGAGAUGAAGGACCUCCACGGACAAGACUGCACGUACAAGAAUGCUGACUGGGGGAAUCCCGGUACACUGUGGUGCGGCGACGUUGGCAUCGCGUGCAGGGGGGAGAACAUGAAGAAUGAUGUGGAGAUGAAGGAUUGUGGGAAAAUGGAUGAUGCAGUGGAUACAACGGUGUAUCAGCAGCCUGUAGUGGUAUGCGAGUGGUGA